AGACCUUCCCAGCCAUGGAUGGCAGUUUCAACUCAUCAUCAUCUCCGUCCAAACGGGAUUCGAUGGAACACUGCCAACGCAGCUAUUGAUCUCCGCCUAUCGCUCUCCUCCACUGAUCUCUCUCUCAAAAGCGAAAAAACGUCUUUCUCACUCCAUCUCCACCUCCAAGUCGAAAGCCAAGGGAAGAUCGAUCAAGCAAGCUAGAAGACAAGGAAUUCUUGAGGAAGAAGAAAAUUAUGGCGGCGGCGGGGCGGGAGGAGAACGUGUACAUGGCCAAGCUGGCGGAGCAGGCGGAGAGGUACGAGGAGAUGGUGGCGUUCAUGGAGAAGGUGACGGAAGAGGCGGUGAAGGAGGAGGAGCUGACCGUGGACGAGCGGAACCUGCUCUCGGUGGCGUACAAGAACGUGAUUGGGGCUCGGAGGGCGUCGUGGCGCAUCAUUUCGUCGAUCGAGCAGAAGGAGGAGAGCCGCGGCAACGAGGACCACGUCUCCACGAUCCGCGAUUACAGAUCCAAAAUCGAGACCGAGCUGUCCUCCAUCUGCGACGGCAUCCUCAAGCUCCUCGACUCCAGGCUCAUCCCCUCCGCCUCUUCCGGCGACUCCAAGGUCUUUUACCUCAAGAUGAAGGGCGAUUACCAUCGCUAUCUCGCUGAGUUCAAGUCCGGCGCCGACCGCAAGGACGCCGCCGAGAGCACUCUCACUGCCUACAAAGCUGCACAGGAUAUUGCAAAUACAGAGCUUGCCCCAACUCAUCCUAUCAGGCUUGGACUUGCUCUUAACUUCUCUGUUUUUUACUAUGAGAUUCUGAACUCUCCUGACCGUGCUUGCAAUCUUGCUAAACAGGCUUUUGAUGAAGCAAUUGCCGAGCUGGAUACCUUGGGAGAGGAGUCCUACAAGGAUAGCACACUGAUUAUGCAACUUCUUCGCGAUAAUCUCACUCUCUGGACCUCAGACAUGCAGGAUGAUGGGCCGGAUGAGAUAAGAGAAGCUCCGAAGCAGGAUGGUGGGAAUGAAGCCUCAAAAUAAGGUCUUACUUCUCCCCCAGUUGUUUUUGUUAGGGAAAGGUGCUUGUUUCUGAUAUCCUGCGUUUGAGUUUCAUGGAAUUUCUUGCUUCUUAUAUAUUGAAGCUGAAGGUGGUGAGUUCGAAGUUCCUGUUCUUGUUGUUUUCCCUUUUACAGGGUUAUGACUGGUUUACUCUGUUAAAAGAGAUUGGGUUUUUGUCUAUUGCCCUCUUCCAGUUUUGAUAUGAAGGGGGUUAUGUAGUAGUCUGCUUGAAGUAAUAAUCUAUGCAUUUGUCCACGGAUUUGCAAUAUUAAUGAUGUUAUCUCCCUAAUGGAUUUGCAAUAUUAAUGA